AUGGCACCUGAACGAGCUCCGUUACAAGCGGACGACGACUACCAGGACCUGCUGUCCUUUGCCGGAGUAUUAAGCGCAGGUAGCCGCGAAGUCAAUGGAUCUCCGCAAUCAUUCCGCGGAGGUGAUGGUACUCAAAUGAGAGGUCUAACAACAUCACCCAAUCGAGGCUGUGACUCUACCAACAGAACGCUCAUCCCGCCAGGACUUUUUAAUGCAGCGCACUUUGGUGCGGAAUUUCGAGGCUCUGCACCUUCGCUGUCGUUCUUCGAGGAAGAGUCUAUGGCUGCUUUCUUCGGGUUCGGCACAGAGUCGGACACUGAUAAUACUGCAUCAGCUUUAGACCCAGCGAUUGAUGCAAUCGAUGGGUCCAAGCCAGUUCUGGAUCAGAAUCCGGCCAUUGCGGCAGUCGUGUUGUCCGCAACUCAACAUACAAAAUUUGCCCGUGAUGACCCUAUGGAUGCCAGUACGCCAAGUGCGGGAUGCUCUGCUGGUUCGCCUCCAUUAGGCUCGUUCGAUCGGCAGAGCGGCCGUGUCUCUUCUUCUCGCCUUGGUCUCCAGGCCUCUUCACAUCCACCCAGACAGACCAAAGUAGCACUGGACGCUGCUACUUCCACGGGAAGUCUUCAUCUACCAUCCCAUGCCACCACGGUAACUCCACGCAAUGUCCAGAGUACGGCACCUCCGAAAUAUGUGCCCCUAAUGCCCACGCGUCCACCUGUCUCCACGCAGGGGCUCGUGAGUAUGCCGCCCACUUACCCACCACCAACGUUGCAGAAUGGAACGUUGGGAACCGCGUCUCACCCUCUGUCACAGCAGGCUCAGGGUUCUUCGGCUCAGGUAUGGACUUUCCUCCCGCCACAGACCGCAACGUCCAUGGCGCCCAUCAAUCCAGCCGCUCAACUUGCGCAAACUAUCAGCCUGCCGAACCCCGGAGUAUCGUCCGCGCCAGCUGCUUCAUCUCUACCUCCGCUCACGGCCGAGCAGCAACAGAUUCUUUCCCAGCCACAUGACAAAAUUGUCGGAGACAACGCUCGGCGGCUCGCUUUGACUAUGAGAACCGAGCACAUGAAGCAUCAUAUCGACGCAAAGCGUGCUGCAGCUGGCUUGGGUCCCCUUAAAUUGAAUGUCUACACCAAACGUGUCACGAACGCCAUCAAGGGGUACGCCAAGAAACAAGGUCGCGACGAGGUGGAGGUCCGAGAUGAGUUCAAUCAACAGCGCAUUGCAAACGGUAUUACGAUUAAUACUGCCGCCGCGAAAAAGGUCCUAGAUACUGUCAAUGGACGUCGCGGUCCAUUCAAUGCAACCAACUCUGCCUCUGUCGGAAGUGUUGCUGCUGCCGCUCAGAAUUCUGUCACUGCGAUAGGAUCCACUCCUGCGCUCAGCUCCAGCCCGCAAGCUCUAGCUCCCGUCGCCACUGCUACACAGACCUACAUCCCAGCCACAGCUACGAACGCGGCGAGAAAUGUGUUCACCCAACCCCCCGCUUCUUCACCAAGCUCAUCAUUCACCAUCUCGUCUAUCGGUUCUGCUGUUGCUACAGGAGUCGCUGGACCCACAAACACUGCCAAUGGUCAUAUCAUCGACUCUGAGCCAGCACUGAGCGCCAUCAUUAUCAGCACAGAAGGCGCGUCUUAUCUUGAGGACUUUCAUGCAUCGAGGGUUGGGAAGCUCAAGCGUAUCUUUGACUCCGGCAACUUGGUACGUGAUGGUGGAGUGACCGAUGCCGGUGCUGAGCGCCCUUGGAAGAGGCGCGACAACGACACGGAGUGA